GAAGAGUGGUGUUCCCCGCCUCACAGCCCAUGGACGGAGCCUCCCGUGGUGCUCACAGCUCACACUGGGGAUUGAAGCUCGGAGUCGCCGCCCGGACCCACGCCAGGGCCGGGACAGGCACCGCCAUUCCUGCAGCGGCUUCUACUCCCGCCGCUCCCGCCCCGCUCGGCCCACAGAGAGCAAUGGCGGCGCCCGCGCUGAGGAAACGAGCUGAGGUUGGCGUGACCUUUGAGGACAUUGCCCUGUACUUCUCCAGGAAGGAAUGGAGCCUCCUUGAUGAGGGUCAGAGACAGCUGUACCUGAAUGUGAUGCUGGAGAACUUUGAACUUGUAUCCUCGCUGGAGAGGAAGAGAAGGAGAGAGAGAUAG